AGAAAUUGGAGACAACGUAAAACGCUGACGUGGAAGCAAUCGCAUUUGCUUCUAAAACGGCGAUGAUUGAGAGUUACACUUUUACAUGGUAAGCAACACAAGUUAAGGAAGUGCAGAGAAACUCAAAUUCCAGUUCCAUGAUGUCUGAAAUUCUCUGCCAGAGUGACUUUUUAUUUUUUCUUAUUGAUUCGGAGAAAAGGAUCGCUACAGUUAUGGAAGAGUCCAGUGUUGCUAUAAAGCAGAAUCCGGCAACGGGAGCAGACAUUGAGUUUGCAAGAUGCGAGUGCUGUGGUUUGAUUGAGGAAUGUACAGUGGCUUACGUUGUUGGCGUGCGGAAGAGAUAUGGAGGGAAAUGGAUUUGUGGACUUUGUGGAGAAGCUACUCAGGACGAAGUAAAUAGAUCAGAAAAUAAUCUUGGUUCUGAAGGAGCAUUAGAGCUUCAUAUGAAAUUUUGUCAACAAUUCAAAUCAUCAACUCCUCCGACAAAUCCUACUGGAGAUUUGAUUUCGGCUCUCAGAAAGCUUCUCCGGCGAACCUUGGACACGCCGAAGAGGAAGAAGGCAUCGUUGGUUUUCCCAUCUGAUUAGUUAACAAUCUUUAACCUCCUCUAGUAUAAAAGGUAGAAGUUUGACUACUAUGUUAUCAGGCAAGAGGUUAGUCAUUUCAAUUUUUUUUUAGUCAGUGUACUGACAUUUAGAUGGGAUUUGAAUUAAUAAAAUUAUUGUUUAACAUGUUAAAUGUGAACUAUAGAUGAAGAAUUCUAGAAGAUAUAAGAAAAAGUAGUUGUUUGAUGUGUCUUUGUGACAUUGCUUUUGGUUGUUCCGGAGAAGGUAGCCAUUGACAGUGACAAAAGAUCCUGCUCUGCUGCUUGGUGGUUGGUGGUGGGUGUAUAAUCUUUGGUUCAGAUCAAUUAUUUGAAUUAUGA